AUGGCAAAGCGGAAUAAGCAAAAAGCAAAGGCAUCAAAAAACUUAGUUUCAAGCGAGCGUUCAAGUGGGCAAAGCUUAAUCUCCCCAGAAACUCCUAAUGACUUUUCUUUGCUCAGAGUUUCAGAUCCACCAAUGGAAACCCUCAAAUUCAUUAACCCUGAACGCAUAGCAAAUCUUACUCCCACCUCCGUGAUUGAACAAACCAUUAGAAAAAUCGUUAUUUUUUGCCUAAAAACCACCCUCCGUGAGUGAACAAAAAUAUUUUUAAUAGAAAAAUUUUUUAUGGGAAAAAUUUUGAUAUAUAAGCGAUAAUUAUUAUAAUGAAAUCUCUGGAUAAUUCUGUUUAAAUUUUAAACGAAUUGCUUUUUAAAACAUAAAUUUCAUAAAUUAAAUUAAUAUUUGCUUUCCAAUUUUUGCGAAUUAGGAUUUUUUUAAAUUUUGAAAAAAAAUUUUUUUAUAAAAUUUAUAUAUAAAUUUUUUAAAAAAAAAUUUAACCCUCCUCCGUGAGUGAACAAAAUUUUUUUUGUUCACUCACGGAGGGGGGAGUUAGAGAAGAAAUCAUGGAGUCAAUCAAUCAAAUUUACAAUGAAUACCUCAACGAUUAUAUUUCCCGCAAGAAAAAAAGAAUUUCAUCCAAAAAUCCACUUGAACAGCGACAGAGUUAUAAUCUUGUUGUUGAUAAAGCUUUUAGAAGAAAGCUUCGAGAAGAGCUUAAGCAAUUAAUACACUCUGAAGGGACUCAAGAAUUACACAAUUCCUUAUAUGAAUCAGUUCACACUUUUGUUGAUUCCUUAAAUGGCCAGCUUGCUGAGCUCAUGGGGAAGAGUAAAAUGCUACAAGCAAUUUGCCUAGCUGAAGCUUAUCACACGCUCCAAAAUGCAUCUAUAGAAAUCGAAAAAAUCGUCAGCUGCAUGUUUGAAGAUACAGAAAUUACUUUUGAAAACGUAAAUAAGCUUGUCUUUUAUGAAAAAAUUGUGAAAAAUUCUGUGCCACUUAUUGAACACGUAAAAAGUCAAGACCAAAGGCACUUUGUGGUCCCUCUGAUCCAGAAAAUGGAGAGAGAGUCCAAAUGUGCAGCAAGUGCGCUGACAUCAGCAACAUUUUCAUCAAUUUCUAUGAACGAAUCAGGCCCAUUGUGUAACAUACUUUCAGAUGACUCAUUUAGUAGCUAUGAAGAGGAGUGCCAGACAGAGCCAUUGCAUAAUAUGUCACUUGAUGAGCUUGUUAAUUUUAUAAACGGAGAAACAAAAAACAAUACUGAAAAAAAGCCUAGAAAAAAUCGAAAAUCGAAAGCAUCGACUGCAGCAAAUUCAAGGUCGCCUAACAGCGAAACGAGUGUAAACACAAGCUUUGACCAAGAGAUUGAAAACUUUAAGCAGCGGUUAGAAACGUGCAAAAUUCUGCCUAAGCGAAUUAAGCCUUUGCUGUCACAGGAUUACAUGAAUUCUUUGAGGACAAAAAUUGAGGCCCUUAAAGAAAAACCGCCAGCCUAA